UUUCGUGAAAUAUUUGGCUCCAUAGGUAUGGUACAAAUAACAAAACGUCACACUGCUGCCAAUUUGAAAGAAGAAAUUCUUAAAUGUCUCAAAGAGUACAAUAUUGAAAUGCACCAGUUAUAUUCAAAUACAACCGACAACGGAGCCAAUGUAUUGAAGGUGUCGCGAUUACUCCAAGAAAUGCAACAAGAAAACGUAGAUGAAGACGAUAUUGACGUUACAGGUCCUAGUCAAAUUGAAUCAAAUCUCGAAUCUAUUUUAUCCAUUGUACGAUGUGCAGCUCAUACAAUACAACUAGCAGCAAAUGAUGUUAUAAAAACACUAACAAGUGAAAUCGAAGAAUGUAGAAAAAUUGCUAAAAAUCUUCGUACUUCAGUUAGAUCGGGAAAUGACGAAAUAAGCUUACCAUGUUUAGAUGUAGUAACAAGAUGGAAUUCUACUUAUGAUAUGCUAAAUAAAAUAUUGUCUCUUAAAGAAUAUAUUGAAAACAUGGAUAGUCUAAGCAUUUUUGACAUAAAUUGGUCAUUUAUCCAAAACUUUGUGAAGGCAUUUGCGCCUUUGGCGAAAUGCACAAUGAAGCUGCAAGCAGAACAAUAUAUAUUGGGAGAUUUUUUUCGAGAUUGGUUAACAUGUGAGUUGGAAUUGGAGGAGUUAGUUAAUAUAAACACAUACGCUGCAGAUCUUGUAAGUGCGAUGAGGACUAGGAAAGAAAAACUUUUAAAGCAUGAUGCAUUUGCGGGUGCCAUAUAUCUAGAUCCGAGAUUCAAUUUUAGAGGCUCACCUUUUCUACCUAAUGAUCUUAAGGAAAGGGCAUUGGUAUGUAAAUUUUAA